AUGACGCUCGAGGAUAGUAAAGAUGUUAUUGAUAUUGAACAUAAUGAGCACAUUAUGAAGCCAAGGGAAGUUGGCAAUUCCAGUCCAUUGGGUUUGUUUGCUUUUGGAUCCACCACUUUCAUAUAUGCAAUGUAUCUUCUUCAAGUAGGAAACAUAACAAAUAGCCAUGCUGGACUUGGAGCUGCACUUUUUUAUGGUGGUCUUGUUCAAUUAUUAGCCGCAAUGUGGGAAAUAUACUCUGGAAAAACUUUUGCUGCUACGGUUUCUUGUUCUUAUGGUGCUUUUUGGAUUUCUUUUGGUUUUAUUUAUCUUCCAGGUUCUGGGAUUAUUGAUUCAUAUAAUGGCGAUCAAGCGAUGUUGGGAAAAGCUGUUGGCGUCUAUCUUGUUGCUUGGACUACUACAUAUAUCGCCUCUUUAACUUUCAUUUUUGUGAUAAUUGAAUUUAUCGCCCUCGAUAUUGCUAAUUUUACGGGUGUUGAAGCUUGGACUCGCGUUGGCGGAUCAUUUGGAGUAGCAUGUGGUGCGUGGUACAUGGGAUUAGCUCAAUUGCUUACUAAGGAACUCACAUAUUUCACGUUACCAUCUUUCUCGAGUGCUCCUGCAUAA